AUGGCAAUUCUAUUCCUACUGGCCUCCAUCUUCGGAGCGCUGGUUCUCUACAUCUUCGGAGUGAUCGUUUACCGCCUGACUUUCCAUCCUCUUGCAUCAUACCCAGGCCCCUUCCUCGCAAAGAUCACAGAUAUCUAUCUGGCGUACUACGCCUACAAGGGCUCUCGGCAUCUCGCUUUCCACCGCGCGCACGAGCAAUAUGGACCGUACGUCCGUCUUGGACCAAAUCUACUUUCUGUCAACACCGCCACUGGUCUAAAGACCAUCUAUGGAUUCCGAUCAAAUGCUAAGAAGGCGUCGUUCUACGAAGCCUUUCCCAGUACACCCAAAGCGGUCAGCGUCCAUAGUUCUAUUGACAAGAUGCAGCAUGCACGCAAGAGACGUGUGAUGAGCCACGCCUUCAGCGACUCGGCUAUCAAGAGUCUUGAGAAGUAUAUCCUGGCAAAUGUACGUGUCGGCUGCGAACUGCUCGGACGCAAGAGCAACAACUGGUCUGCCGAGAAGAGCCUCGCCGAUGAGAAGGAUGGUGGCUGGAACGACGCUUGGAACGCUGCGCAUUGGUGCGAGUGGCUCGUAUUCGACAUCAUGGGUGAUCUAGUAUUCGGCAAGGCUUUUGGCAUGUUGGAAAGCCCUACCAAUCGUUUCGCAACUCAGCUGGUCGGCAACGCGGCACACCGACAUCUCAUCUGCGGAACGCACCUUACCAUCCACAACUGGCACCUGGACAAGCUCUUCUUCCGCAAGAUUGCAGGCCAGCGGGCGCAGUACAUGCAGUACAGCAAGGGCCAGGCUAUGGAGCGAACAAAGUUGGGCGUCGACGUUGAUCGUAAAGAUUUCUUCUACUACCUGCUCAACGCGAAGGACCCAGAAACCGGCAAAGGCUUCAGCAUGGAUGAGCUUUGGGGCGAAUCAAACUUGCUGAUCAUCGCUGGUUCCGAUACAACUUCAACGGCUAUGGCUGGUGCUUUCUUCUACCUCGCACACAACCCCGCAGCGAUGCAGAAAGUCUGCAAAGAGAUCUGGGAAACAUUCAAUGAUGUUGAGGAAAUCGUAACCGGACCAAAGCUGAGCGGCUGCUCAUUCCUACGCGCUUGCAUCGACGAGACCAUGCGUAUGACACCCCCAGUCGCCGGUGCUCUUCCCCGAGAAGUCCUUGCCGGUGGUCUGGAUAUCGAUGGUCGCCACAUUCCUGCCGGUUGCGACGUCGGCGUCCCGAUCUACGCCAUUCACCACAACGCCGACUACUUCCCUCAACCGUUCGACUACAUUCCUGAGCGAUGGCUAUCUGAUCCAUCCGCGAACCCGCUUCAUAGCAGUCUCCAGGCAGCGCAGUCGGCGUACAACCCCUUCAGCAUCGGCCCUCGUGGAUGCAUUGGCAAGGGUCUCGCGUAUGUUGAGCUGUCGAACGACACCAGGUGUUUCGCGGAACUCGGAAGCGAAGCAGAGGCUGCCAAGGUCAUUGCAGAGCUUAAUGACGCAGAGAUACAGCGUAAGAAGCUUGUCGUCAGGCCUCUCAAAGACGACUUCGUUUGGGGCCCUGUGGAGGACAAGCGAGAUCACCAGUACGCUACUCGCUACUUCUUUGACGAGGGCCCCGCCGCUGCACUCGAAGCUGUACGCCCAUUGCUCGAAGGUCGUCGCUUGAUGGUUAGAGUUCAGACACCCGGUUGGACGUCCAAUACCAGCAUCGGCAAACAGAAACAGAACGCGCUGCGGAUACUUGACGAGCAAUUCGCCAAACAUGGUACCAUCGAACGCAUCAGUGACUUCGCGCCAUUCUAUGGUGAUAAGAAGAAAGAACCGCGCAUUCUCUGCUUCAUCGAUUUUGCAACCAAAGAGGGCGCAGAUAAAGCGAUCGAGAACAUCCACGAUACGCAAAUCGAGGGUCGUUUGACAUGGCUGACGCGUUCUGAGACCAAUCAAUACAGGAGCCACCAAAUUGGGAAGGUAGCCCCAGAGGCGCUCAAACAGCUACAAGAACGUGGUGUGGCGCCUAAAGACGAAGAGCUCCACGAGGACAAGUUUGUCAAUCCGCUACCGAAGAAGGAAUAG